UGCAAGUCAUCGCGAUUAUGUUAAUUUACCAGAAAAAAGAAAAAAAGUGAAUCGAUUAAAUAAAAAAAAAAGCAAAGUAAUCAUGACUAAGGGUUUACAUAGUUAUAUAAAAGGCUCUUAUAAAAUGAAGCAAAAUACAACAACUAAGUUAGAUUCAACUUUGUCUGCUGGAGAAUAAGUUUAAAGAUGUCUUUAUUUGAAAAAGAAGUACACGUGAAAGUUUAUUAUGUCGAGAAUCAACAUAAUAAUGAAAUUCGAAAGUUUUCAGUAGAAAAUCGAAUGGCUGCUAAUUACAAAUACAUUUUGGAUAAGAUCCGCCAAGUAUUUACAAAUUUGUAUGAAAAAGAUCUUGAUUUGUUUUAUAAAGAUGAAGAAAAUGAUUUCAUUUCAAUCUCCUCUGAUAUUGAAUUCCAGCAAGCCUUUGAGAGCAUCAACAAUGGUUGCCUUAAGCUCUAUGUAAAAAAGAAAUUGACAAAGCCAGCUCAAUCAAAUAAAGAACAUAUUGGAGUUAGUUGUGAUGGAUGUAAUUCUAAGAUAUAUGGAAAUCGCUUCAAAUGCACUCAAUGUUUUGACUUUGAUUUGUGCUCAUUAUGCUACAAAAAAGGAGAGCACCCAUCAGACCAUGAAAUGCUGGUUAUCAAAGAACCUCGAUCUUCUAAGCAUAUGUAUUACAGUCAGCUUCCGUUUUCACAUUGCUGGGAAAGAUAUGCGCAUAUGAACACGAACAAUUCUUGUUCUAAUAAAAAUGCAAGCAAUAAUGAAGAAAAUAAACCUACUGCAUCUGAUCAAAAGUUUGAUAGUUUUCAAUUUGAAAAAAUGAAUAAUUUCAAAGAAAUAAUCAAAAUAUUUGAAUCAAUGCUGGGUAUUAACAAUGACUUCUUUAUGAAAAGUUGUCAAGAAAAGUCUGAUAAAGUUGAGAAUAAAGAAGAUUUUAGUAAAAAGUUAGAUAGUUUAACAAAAGUUAUAAAUGAGAGGUUUGGGGUACCUGCUGAACAAAUGCAUACUUUGGUUGAUUGUUUUAUAAAACAGUGCAAUCUUAAAAGCAAUGAAAGAAAUAGUGAUAAAGAUAUAAAUAGUUCAAACAAUGAAGUAUUCAGAAAUAACGGAGACAUGAACCAGGCUAAUUUUCCAGAUAAAAAAGAUGUAUCAUUAGAAAACCAGCUCAUCAAUAAAGACAAGGAUCUUGUAAAUCCUUCAAACUCAUUGUGUCAGACUAAUGUUGAAUCCGUACCACAUCUAGAUCCAAACAAUGUUUCUGAAGUUAUAAAAGAACAAAUAAAUCCGCUUGAGUCUUUGUGUCAACAAACCUCUGAGUUGCAGGUUGAUAGUUCACAAGAGGGGCUUGGGAAUUUUAUAGGACGCUUAUUUAGCCACCUUGUAACUCAAAAACCACCAAUAAACAUAGCCAAUGAUUUUGAACUUGUUGAUAAAGAAAGUAAAGAUCAUGAAGAAUCAAAGCUUGAAAGAUCUCUUAGACAAAUGGAAGCGAUGGGUUUUGAGAAUGAAGGCGGGUGGUUGCGUCAGUUGUUAAUUUCUAAAGAUUGUAACAUUGAUAAAGUGCUUGAUGCUUUAAGUCCUGCCAAAUAGUUUCAAUGUUUAUGUUUAAUCAUAGUUUAUAUGUAUUUUUAUUUUGAAGUAUAAGUUGUAUUUUAAAGUUUUAAUAUUAUUCUAAUACUCAAUGGUCUUUAUGUUAA